AUGCCACAACCACGUAGAAAGAGGGUUAAAGGCCGAGAGCCGGGCCAGAUGCUCUUGAAGUUCAAGCCUGUUGCCAAAGAGUUGACCAACAACGCACAAGCCAAGGGAGCGCUGGCGCACGGCGGCAUCAAGCAGCCAAUCCAGCCCGACCAGACCAUGACACCUUUUGAGUCACAGUCCACUGAACACAAGUCAUCAGAUGGCUCUCACACGUCUGCUCCUCAGCCCUCUACUCCUCAGCCUGGUACUUCGCCUCGGCUGUAUCCUCGAUUCGAGAGUAGGAUCAAACACGUUGUGGCCCGCAUGCGAUUCGUAAAGAAGUCAGCGGUUUGGGAAACACUGUACCCCCACUAUUCGGAUGAACGGUUUGUCAAGUUCAUUCUUGACUACACAGUCGAGAGCAUGAAGGAGCUCCUUGAUCGUGAGGAGGCGCCCACUUUCAAGCAGCUCCAAGACAUACCAUGGAUCGAGACCAAGGACAUGGGGGUGUAUGGGAAGCUUUUGGAAUCCCCAGUUGUAGAACUGAACGACUUUCUGUACACGGGGCAUAACAACGGAAUUCCGAAUCACGUCACAUUGGCACAGGGGGAUAAUCCUCACAAAGUGACGUUUGCCGUAUUUUUACGACUACCUAGUGAUAAACUGGAGACAGAAGAGCAUAUAAGGCACUAUCGGGUGCUUUGUAUCGCUGCUGAGGUGAUUUUUACCACACUUCUCGGCUCGCGUGUCCCUAUGGCCCCCCCCCUCAAAGCCUUCAAGUAUCAGGGUGCCUGUGGGCACUCAGCCUUCCGUGAGGACACGAAGCUGACAGAUGGUUCGAAGUCCCGUAUAGUCCGGCCCGCAGAAACGGGUGGUACUUACACAAUCACCAAUUGGAGGAACGGGCUUCCCCAUGAUACUACGUACCACCUCGAACCCGUGGCGGAGCCAAAAGCGUGCAGCGCCACAAUGGAACAGUUCUCGAAUAGGGAAAUCAUGGAUAUUGAUUCUAUCCUUGGGAUUACUCGGGACGCACCCGUACUGUCCACAAUCCCUCAGAGGGAGAUUCCUAAUGAAAUACCGGAGAUAUUAGGGAAACGGAAGAGAGCGACGGCCCCUAGGAGCGAGGUCCAAAAGGCAAAGCACAGGGAGUCUGUUCGCAGAUACAUGCAAAAACCGGAAGUGAAGGCCCGACGUAAAGAAAAGAAUGCGGCCAGAAAAGCGAACGAGACGGAAGAGGAGAAAGACAGAAAAAGAAAAUGGGCCAAUCAGCUUGCGCGAAAGAACAAGGAUGCCCUCCAUCUGGCGCUUAAUGGGACGCCUCGUAGUCAACGGCUGCGGGACCCAAACGAGCUAGUCCGUCAGGACCGAGCGAAAGCCCAAACAAAACGGCAGUCCGACCCGCAUAGUAAGGCCCGUCUAAGCCAUGCAAAAAAGGUUUCCAAAGCCAGAUUGAAGGUCAGGAAAUUCCGUUGCGCGAAGUUUAACUACACUAAGGCGGAGGUUGAGGAGGCUUGGUUGGGAGUAUGGGAACGAGAGAUUGCCAGAUUUGACUGGCAGGUUUCUAUCAAACAAUCCAAGUUCACACAUAUCCCUACGCAGGAGCAACGAAAAGCCGUCGCUGACUGGGUUGCCAAUGGGCGCAAGAAGACACCGACUAGUGCUGCGAAUGUUCCUGGAUGGGAUGAAAUGUGUACAAAGGUAUCCAGCCCCGUAGAGGCUGAUAUCAACAACGCUGAUGCGCCAUCAGGCGCAUCUAACUGA